CGUGCGGGUCGAACAGGACCUGGUGUAUGCUAUCGCCUAUAUUCGCGAGAUCUUUUUAAUAAAAUGGAUCCCUUCACAGUUUCUGAAAUAAACCGUGUCUCGUUGGAGUCUCUGGCCAUGCAGAUUGUUAACAUGAAUCUUGGAAUUUCGCCGCUCGAUUUCCCGUUUAUUGAAAAGCCGAAUAUGGCUGAUUUGGAGCAAGCGCUUGAUGGGUUGUGGAAACAGGGGAUCUUAGAAGCAGGAAGUACGAAAGCACUCACACCGCUGGGCAAAAUAAUCGCGAGCAUUCCGGUGGAAAUUCCCAUUGCAAAGGUCCUUGUUUGCUACAAAAUCUCUGAUGAAAUAAGUUCAGAAAUUAAAGUGCUUAUAUACGGUUGUGUUUUUGAACAAAUUGAAGCUUCAUUAACAAUUGCUGCCAGUUUAGCAACAAGUUCUCCGUUCACCAAUCGAUCAUUUCGUGAGCCCGAUAUCUUGGAUCGUCGAAAAAACAUUAUGUCCGAUAGCGGAGAUCCAUUUGCUUUCAUGAAUGCUUACAGAGAAUUUGUGGAAAUACAAGCAGAACGCGGUGAUCUACGUCGAUGGGGUAUUGAAAAGGGUAUAGACAUUCAGCGGAUGUAUGAAAUCAGGUAG